AUGUCACCGUCAAUAUGGAGUCUUAUGAAGCGCUCGAAUUCCCACAGCUCGUCCUCCUCAAAGCUACAUAGGAUGGCUCCAGGUCUCACUGUUGAUUCCGACUCCCGUUCAGCGGGCAGCAGUAGCAUGGAAGCUACGUCACAGUUCUCGUAUACCAAGGACGAAGACUACUCGAGCUUCAUGAGUGAUGUCUUGGUAGUUGGUGCGGGACCUGCUGGUCUCAUGCUCGCCAAUAACCUGGUGAGGUAUGGCAUCAAGGCCCGAAUCAUCGACGACCGACCUGACCGAACCGCGACUGGGCGCGCUGAUGGCAUUCAACCCAAAACGAUCGAGACACUACGCCAGAUGCGUGUUGUAGAGCCCCUGCUGCGUAAAGGGGUCAAAAUUUAUGACAUUGCUUUCUGGAAGUCGACGCCUACGAGAUCGCUGCAUCGGACUGGUCGUGAGCUCCACUACCCGCCUAUUGUCGAUCUGCUAGACCCCUACAUUCUCCUCGUCCAUCAGGGCAUGGUCGAAGCUGUGUUUGAGGAUGACUUGAGGGAAAGAGGUACUGUCGUCGUUAGAAAUACCACAUUCGUUGAUUUCGAAUACACGCCAAUGUCUAUUCGUCCCUUGACGGUCAAUUGUCGACAAGAGCUCUUACAAGCCAAGAAGUCUUACUCGACAAGGUAUAUUGUCGGCUGCGAUGGAGCACACUCGAAAGUACGGAAAUGUAUACCAGGCGCCACACCAGUUGGCUCAUCCACAGAGACUUUAUGGGGUGUGCUGGACGGUGUCCUCGAUACAGACUUCCCAGACAUCUGGUCAAAGGUGGCCAUACAAUCAGAAGCAUAUGGCUCGAUCCUGUUGAUACCGCGCGAACGAGGCCUUACCCGUCUGUACAUUGAAUUGAGGCCAGGUUCUUUCGAGGCAGCCGGCAAGGAUCUUGCAUUCCAAGAGUUUGUGCAGAAGCGGGCCCAAGAAAUUUUGCACCCAUACAGAUUAGAGUGGAGGAACAUGGAGUGGUUUGGUCGCUAUAGGAUUGGCCAGCGAGUCGCGGCACGCUUUAUCGAUGACGAGCGACGAGUAUUCAUUGCUGGCGAUGCGAGUCACACCCAUUCACCUAAGGCGGCUCAGGGGAUGAACACGGGAAUUCAUGACUCGUGGAACCUGGCAUGGAAGCUGAACUUUGCAGUUCGAGGCCUUUCAAAACCCAGCCUUCUCGAAACUUACGAGCAAGAACGGCAAAAGAUUGCAAAGGAUCUGAUUGACUUCGACUACGAACAUGCCAACGCCUUCCACGCUGGAGAUCCAGUAGCCCUCGCCGCGAAUUUUGCCAAGAAUGUCGAAUUCAUCUCGGGAUACGGUGUGAGCUACGAUCCCAACGUACUAAACGUACGAUCAAAGGGCUACCAUCGCGGUCACCUCAAGCCUGGGUUCCUUCUUCCACCUGCCAAAGUUACUCGUUACAUCGACUCCAAUCCAGUCGACAUCCAAACAGAUAUUCCUGCUCUCGGCCAAUUCCGAAUUUACUUCUUCACACACAGCGUCAAAGCUUCGAUGCCUUUCCUAGAAGCAGUGUGUACAGCACAUGCCGGUCCUUCUUCAUAUGUCGGUCGUGUAACAGCGGCUGGAAACGCCUCGUACACUUCACAACCGCCUCUGGCCGCACCACACGACCAGUUUGUCCUCCCAGAGCGGUACACACCCAUCAGCGGAAUUUUUACUUACGGUCUCGUGACUGAUGAAGAUCGUAAUGGCAUUGAGAUUAGGGACCUGCCUCUCGUUCUGCGCGAGUCCGCUUGGACGUUCUAUCUCGAUGAUGUCCCCGAGAAAGAUACGCGCAAGCAGACAUGUAUGGAGAAAUGGCUAGACGGGCUAGAUGAGAAUGAGGUAGCGGUCUUGAAUGUCCGACCUGAUGGCUAUGUGGGCAUUGUGCGACGAUUUCCAGUUGGGGACCGGCAGAAUGGCACAGCUGCAGUGCACUGGAUGGACGACUAUUACGAGAAAUUUCUGAGGGAUUCAUAG